CCUGUUGCUGUGAACGGGAUGUUUUCAAACUCCAGGGAGCAGAGCGCGUCUGGUCUCACCCCGACAGGAGUUGGAGCUCUCCGCCCGGUGUUUCCGCCACGAGCCGAGUCGACCCCGGGCUGAAGCCGAGCGGGAGCGUGGCUGCGCGGGCGUGAGGUCGGUGGACGCGGCGCAGAGAGGACAGCAGCGCGCGGAGCUACGUCACAGCUGCUUGCUUCCUGUGAGUGAGACAAAACCACCCAGCGACGUCGAAAGUUGCCUACUUUAAGAGGAAAUAUGCGGAGGAGGAGGAUCUGCGUGGAGGCCUACGUGGAUAUUUACAAAAACACCUGAUGCUGCGGGAGGACCGGAGCUGCAUCCUGAAGCUGUCUCUGGAGAAGCUGAGGUUCCUGGAGGACCCCGAGGCUUACCUGAGGCGCUCCGUCCUCAUCAACAACCUGCUGAGAAAGAUCCACCAUGAGGAGGAGGAGCUGGAGGCAGAGGAGGAGGAGCCGGUGGGUGUGCAGCAGAGGCUCAUGCAUCCAGACAGGAAGAAGGUGAAGUUGCUGGUGACAGACUGCUGCUCCCCACCCAUCUGCCUAAAGGAGCUGCAGCACUGCCGGUUGGUGCCAUGCUGCCCGUGGACCUGCCCGGGCCUCGGCUCCAGUCGCCAGGUUCUGCUCUGUAACCUGGACGACCACGGCUGACCUCUCUGCCCCGCCGCCUGCGCGAGAUCACAGUGAUGCAGUUUGAAGAGCCUCAACCAGAGGAAGUUGGUGGCUGCUUCUCUCUGACAGAAUCAAGGAGGGUGUUGUACACCCAGACAGUUCUGCUCUGCGAUCAGCAGGAAAUCUGCUUUUGACACGCAGCUCUGAAGCUUCUAACUGUCUUGUCUUACUGACUUUGAUUAAUGCAGUUUCUCAUGUGACCCAUGAGCGGUCGGGCAGCUCUGGAUGCCCCCGGGCCUGCAGGAGGAACUUCACUGGCUAGCUUUUGUUGUUUCUUUGUGCUACUGUGUGAAAUAUUAUUGGAUGGUGUUAGUUCUGCUAAAAAAGAGGCUGAAAAAAACAUUUGCUUAUGUCGAGGGGGUUGUUUCUACCAUUGAACCGUGAUAAUGUAUUUAUUUCUGCAACUUUGGCGCCCUCUGCUGCUCAAAAACAUAAGUGACCCCCAUUUUUAAUCCCAAUCCCAAAUCUGAUGUAAAUCACUACUGUUGCAUGAACUCUAAUUUAAAAUACUGUGAAAUAUUUCUAUAAUGGAUACAAUAUUUUUGUUAUGACAGUGGUUGAGUUUUCCAGAAGAAGGCAUUAUCUUUAUGUUUGCACACAGAUUGGUGGCGCUUACAUUUCAGUUUUCAUUUAAAAAUCAUACUUUUAGUUGUUGAUGUGAAAAACAAUCAGUUUUUUAGAGUUCAACUUUUUUUGUGGUUAAAUAUUUUAUGCAUAAACUUUGCUGAGUCAAAUGCCUUUAUUUUACAAAGAAGAACGCCUAAAACUACAUCUAGUUUGUUAUUUCUCCUCUGAAUUUUGCUGAAAUGACCAACAUGGUUGGAUGUUUCAUGCAUUCACCUUCUCUUUCUGUUGAGCAUUUAAACCACUUUCACCAUCUGAAAAACUGUUAAAAUAAUCACAAUUAAGAAGAGAGAAAAAUGUACAAACAAAAUGUCAAAAAUAUCUAUUUUGACAAAAAAAUUAAUUUUAAGAUAAAUUAUUUUAAAAUGGGUUUAAAAUGGGGUUGUUGAACAUCUUUCGGGUGGUUUCUUGUCAAAUAAAGUAUUUUGAGUGACAUGAGUUGUGUCUGUCCCAAAGAACUUGUGCUGAAAAGCGGCAAAAAUGUAAGAAAAAGUAAAGAAUAUGUUUAAAAAGACUAAAACAAAUAGGUUAGACUUAAAAAAAUAAAAUAACAUUUUAAGAAAGGUAAUUUCUUCUGUCCCUCGUCAAUCCAGUAAGUUACGUUUUAUAAUGUGUUAUUUUGUAGGUUUGGUGCUUACACAUUUAAAAUAAAUCAAAGAAACUUAAACACGCUGUUUUCAAUCACAUUAGUGAUUUAUUUUUAAAAAACGGGAAGAAGAAUCCCUUAAUCCGAACUCCGUGGCCGCUAGGGGGCGGUGUUUCGUUUCAAAGCUGUUUUCCAACUGCUUUUACCUUAGUAGUAGUAAUAGAAGAAGAACGAAAAGCUCACGUGUCCGAGCACACCUGAAGGCAUCGCGGCGGCCGCGGUUUCAGCUGUCAGUAACUAUAGGAGCUCCUCUGAUGCACAGACGCAUCGGGAGGAGUUUUCUGGGUCUCCGGACAACUUCCGCUCUACUUUAAUUUCUUUAACACGCGAUUUGUAACGGUUCGUGUCUGAGCACAGCUCAGGAAAGAUGCGUGUUUGCGUUAGCAAGGGGCUAGCGUGCACUUCUGACUAACAGCCGAAUCCGAGCGCUUCCUGGCGGCUACGACAGUGACUGAAAGCCGGUCCAGCAUGGAGAAGAUGAAGCAGCAACUCCGCUAUCUACAAGACCCCAACCUCGUCGCCCGCUUUCAGCACUUGUGCGGGGUACGGGGGACUUUUCCCGGAGCCGUUUGUGCGGACAGUUGUAAGCCAGCGGACCAGACUCACUCACACAACAACGGGGUUUUCCAUCCCCACAUAACCGAAAGUUUAACGGGAGCAGGAGAAAGUAUUCAGCCGAGGAGGAGGAUUGGGGAUGCGUCUACAAAUCUAAAACACGAGAUAGGAAAUGCAUCCCAGAACGGAGCCGCUGCGUCCGUGGCGGCAUCAGCAGGAGAUGCUGCCCCAGCUCGGGUCGGUCACGGUGCUGUCCGCCCGGGUUCGGGUUUAGAGGGGCUCCCGGGUUCCUCUCAGGGCAGCACGGUGAAGCCCCUCCGCAGAAACUCCCUGACAGGAGACGCGGGGCAAGAGUUCGUGAUAGAGAACCGGCUCUUGUACUACUUGUUCACCUUCGGAACCGAGUUGGGCAACGAGUUCUUCUACAUCACGUUCUUCCCGUUCAUCAUAUGGAACGUUGAGGCGUUCGUGGGCAGGCGGCUGAUCAUGGUGUGGGUCUGGGUCAUGUACCUGGGACAGUGCACCAAGGACGUGAUCGGCUGGUCUCGGCCUGCUUCUCCACCCGUGGUGAAGGUGGAGGUGUUCUACAACUCCGAGUACAGCAUGCCGUCCACCCACGCCAUGUCGGGGACAGCCAUCCCCUUCGCCCUCUUCUUCAUGACCUACGGCCGCUGGGAGUACCCGUCCACGUUGGGCUUCAGCUUGGCUCUCUGCUGGUGUCUGCUGGUCUGCAGCAGCAGAAUCUACAUGGGAAUGCACUCAGUCCUGGAUGUCAUUGCUGGCUUCCUCUACAGCCUCCUGAUCCUCCUCUUCUUCCUGCCGGCCCUGGACCUGAUCGAUGGCUUCAACCUGACGUGUCGCUACGCUCCUCUCAUCAUCAUCUCCCUCCACCUGGGCUUGGGCCUCUUCUCCUUCACCCUGGACACCUGGAGUACUUCUCGGGGAGACACUGCUCAGAUCCUGGGUACCGGUGCGGGUGUGGCGCUGGCGUCCCACGUCAACCACUACCUGGGCCUGCUGCCAGACCCGACGCCGGACCAGCUGCCUUUCACUAUGCCGGUCAUCAGCGCCAGCUUAGUGGGCGUGGCCUUGCUGCGGCUGGUUCUGGGAGUGCUGGUCCUGGUGGCUACGCGAGCUCUCAUGAAGCUGCUCACUAUCCCGCUGGUAUGCUGGGUGUUCGGCGUUCCCAGCGGGGACACGAGGAAGGCCCGGCAGCACAUGGAGGUGGAACUGCCCUACCGGUACCUCGUCUACGGGACAGUGGGCUUCAACGUGCUCUUCCUGGUCCCGCUGCUCUUCUCUUACGUACGUCUGGGAUGACCAGCUUCAGGGCGUGAUAAGGUCACCUCAGUGUUGUUGUGAUGCAGACUUUAGCGCUGACGUGUCCUACUGGCUCAGGUUGUUACCAGAGCAGCCUUAAGGGGUGGGGGGCGGGGGGCUCAGGGCUAGCUAAACCAUCAAACCUGUGGUGAGUGAAGCCUCUCUUAGUUUUACUGAUAAAACCCAGACGGCAGCAGUGGGAGAUGAACCUGUAAAUAUCCCAUCUUUAUUGUUGCCCUCUGGUUCAACGAUGCUUUCGUGGUUUCUGUCUGCAGCUCAAACGUCUAGCUUGUUCUGAUCCGCUCAGGCACGAGAAGAGAAGCUAGAACCAGACCCGAGUAGCCGAUGGAUUAGCUCCGUUUGCUCCCUGAACAACAAAACUCACAGUAGCCGACCUUUGACCCCGACACUGUGGCGUCUGCUAGUCAGAGACCUAUGAACUGUGUGUGUCUCACUGAGGGAGUGGGCUGUGAUUGCACUUGUGGAGCUCUCUCCUCUGAAGUUAACGACUGAAAGGCAGCAGCCGUGGAGCCGUUCCACGUUUUUAUGAUAGCUCAGUGAUUAGAUUCCCUUCUUCUGCUCUUGUGAGAUUGUUGUGACUUCAUCUACUGAAGCUCCGCUGUGCUCUAAAGGGAGGAGACGAGGCAGAGUGACUCGAGGUGAGAAGGAAGUAUAAAGUUAUACUUCAGCCUUAGAGAUGACGGUUUGAUCGUGUCAGGUCUGCCAGGUUUUCCCUCCCAAACCUUUGAUCCAAGGGUUUCGCCCUCCUCCCGUGUUGCUCUUCUUCUCUUCGGCUCCACUAGACAGACAGCAAGUUGGUUAAUAAAAACCAAAUCAGUGAUGCGUGAGUUUGUCAGGUCUUCCUAGCUUCCUUCUAAAGCUGAAGCACUCCCAGGUCACCUCUAGUCAUGGUUGUGCAGUUAUCCACUUUAUAUUCUGGUUUCAGCUUGUAACCGUCGCUAAAGUGUGACACGGGUAUGAGUCAUGUUAUUUUUCACAUUCCGCCUCGCAAGCAUGCUUUUAUUUGUUUGUUUUCUCUUUUAUUUUGUGGUGUGGUAGCGACCACAUCCCCAAGAAAAAAGCUGUCUGAAUGAACUUCCUGUUUGGACGAGAGCAGCUUUUCUCUGUUUUAUCAAGGGGGCGGAGCCAGGCUCACCCCUAAUAGCCUCGACUCUGCCACCCACUGGCCGGAAAGGGCAACUGCAGUCUGCUGGAGAUUUUAGACUCAUCUAAACCCUUCUUUGUGGCAGAAGUUAAACUUUAAACAGCCAUUUUGAUGCAGACAGCCAAACAUUUCAGUUUUGAAUGAGGAAAAUAUUUGUUCAUUAGUUUCAAAAGGGACCAUAAAACCAACUAAAGUUCAAGCAGUCUUCAGUCAUCCAUUAAAGAUCUAGCUUUGUGUUUGUUUGGAGCCUCUGAGUAAAGUAAAAUGUUAACGGUGUUAGCUUAGAUUUAUUUUUAUUUUUGUACUUUUGUGUUUCACUCUGGGUCCAAACCAGCAGAGCCAAGGGCACACAGCUGAUGGUCUGAGUGGUGUUUGGAGGAAGGAGGUCAAAUGUUGUGUGAAAGCACCUGAUGGUUUGUUUUUGUAACAGCUGACUGGAAGUUCAUGAGCUCACACGGUUUCUCUGUGACCCACACCUUUUGUCCUAAGGGCUGUUGAGGAGCAUUUAUAGUCAGAUUUCUACUCUAAAUCUGUGAGAAUAUUGAUAUUUUUCUGUAGUUUUGGCUCAUGAAGCACCAUCAGAUGAUCUGUUAGCGGUAGAGAAUGAAAACCUUGAAAGAAGUUUCUUUCUAACACCAGAGUUGAGUUUGUUUAUAUGAAUAGAAUCCUUUUUUAUGUUCAGACGCAUCUAUUAGAAACGUUGCAGAUGUCCCAGGUGGGCUGGUGAACCAAAGGCUUCUGAACACACACACACACACACACACACACACACACACACACACACACACACACACACACGUGCCUUGUUUCUUGCUGAUGCUGCAUUCAGGUGCUGCAGGACACAUUUAAUCUCUAAACUGGGAAGAAACGUGUAUUUUUCUGUUAUUGCUUUUAUUAUUUACGGUACUGAUCUGAUCUAAAUGCACUGUUCCCAGAAUGCACUGGUCCCCUCCUCUCCAAGCUGGGCUUCCUGUAGGAAGUUGGUCCUAAAUGUUCAUUUCAGGUCGUGUUUCCACGAGGACAGUUUUGUUUGUGUUUUUGUUUUUGGAUGAAGGAAAACCACUAUUUCUUAGCUGAUGGUUUUGGUUCAGCAGAGUGAAAGUAAUCCGUUUAAAUUUUAUUUAAAGGAUUUGUUUUCUCCAACAGGAAGAGGAACCAAGAAUUGAAACUGUGAUCUGCUUUUUGAUUUAGAAAUUGAAAUGUGCCUGAUCAGUUAAAGGCGCGGUUGUGUGGGACAGUAAUAACCCGACUCGGGCUGAUUUCACUUCCUGUGGCGUGGUGUCCUGUGUGCCCGACAGAAGAAGCUCAUCAGAUAAAUGCAGACGUUUCCGAACUGGCUGGUAAAGAGCAGAGUUUGUGAUUGUUGUUAAAAGUCCGGUUUUUCCUGACGGGACGUUUUUGAGGGGAAGUGAGAGAACAUGAGAUGACACCAAACCUCCAUGCUGUCUCAGAGUGGAACAAUCUCAUUUAAUCUGCUUGGUAAAAAAAAAAAAUGAAAUCAUAAAUAACUAUAAUAAACAGUAAAGACGUUUGCACCCAUCCCAAAAACCCGACAAAACUCAGGUUAUAUCAGAGAUCUUCUCCCUUACAAAAUCCUAUGUUGUUGCUGGAAUUUGACAUAUUUAUUCAGUAUGAAUGGGUUUUCAGAGGGGAUGGAAGUUUUUAGUUUUAUAAGUUUUUAUUGUUUUUAUUAGUUAGAAAACCUAAUAAAACUUAAAAGUAAGCUCUGUUUUUGAAUCUGAUGACAAACGGGAGGUACGCCCGACUGUCUCUUACAGCAGAAACCUGAAUGGUCCCACUCUGCUGCUCCAGGAUGGACGUGUUGGUGGUUCUGUUUGGUGGAGGUGCCUUCAGGUUCCUUCUAUCGCGAAGACAAACUCAACUGUUCUUCUGCUCCACACUUCCUUAAAUUGCCUCUGCCCCUCAGGAACAGCUCUAGUGAAAUGUCUCUGUGGUUCCUGCUCUUUGCACUUUAGCUGCCCCCCCCGAAGUUUCCUGAUUUCACACAAAAGUUAAUCCAACACUCGUGACAUGUGACUUAUCACAAAUGUCGAAUUUUAACAGUUUUUGUCUGGAUUUUCUCUUCCAAAGCUGAUUCCUGCUCUGAUUUAAUAAAGUUCUGCACAUGGGCGUGAACCUCAGCGUGAGGUUAAUCUUAUGCAGUUUGACAGUAGUUUUCUAAACAUUUGCAGGGUUGAUGUUAGAUUGCAACAAAAUGAGAUGUUUGUAAUGAACUAAAAUAAAACUGAGGAAAUGAAA